AUGUCAACCCUAGACGAAAUUGCUUCGGAAGCCGCCUUCAACAGCCACAUCUCCUCCCUUCCCCCAUCCGCCCUUCUCGUAUUAUAUUUCCACACUGCCUGGGCCGCACCAUGCACUCAGAUGCGCACCGUCCUCUCCACACUCGCCUCAACCUAUCCCCCAACGACCCCUCCUUCCGUCUCCUUCGUCAGCGUCAACGCUGAAGAACUCCCCGAUAUCUCCGAACAAUACGACGUCACCGCAGUUCCCUUCAUCGUUCUUAUCCGCGACGGCAAGACUCUACAGUCGCUCUCCGGCUCCGAUGCAAUCAAAGCACGUGCCGCCAUCGAACAAUAUGCUGGCGUAGCUGCAACAGGCAGUAAUACGGUGGGUGCAGAAAAGCAAUCAAUCCCUCCACCGCUCCAAACAGAGCUGAGAAAGGAUGUCCACGCUCCCACCACAUCUAAUGCUCCUGGCGUCAUCAACGGCGCAGAAGCAUCUCCCAAACCAACGCGAUCCACCAAGGAAGAGCUGUUCGCCCGACUGGAAGAGCUAGUGAAGGCUGCGCCGGUGAUGUUAUUUAUGAAGGGGACACCAAGUGCGCCACGGUGCGGGUUUAGCCGGCAAAUUGUUGGCAUACUCCGCGAAAACAGUGUGAAAUAUGGCUUCUUCAACAUUUUGGCGGAUGAGGAAGUGAGGCAGGGUUUGAAGGAGUUUGCUGAUUGGCCGACAUUCCCGCAGUUGUGGGUGAAGGGAGAAUUGGUGGGCGGGCUAGAUAUUGUCAAGGAAGAAAUAAAUGCAAAUCCGGACUUUUUGAAGGACUAUUCAGUAGCACCCAGGGCGCCAGCAUAG